UGCUUCUACGCGCGUUCGUCAGUCAGUAAAAACGCGGACGUCCAACUGCAUGGACCAGAACCGCGAACGGCGAAGAUUCGUUCAGUUUUAAAACGCGAGAUCAUACGAGUUUAGUAACUGUAUCGCCCUGGCACAAGCCCGGAAAAACUCUUUAAUAAGACCACCAAGUUUAAGAAUAGCUUGAGGAAGACAACUCCAAUACAGUUUAUUAUCGUAUUUGUUGGAGAAAUUUAAAACCCGACACACAACCAUCGGCACGGACAUAGUGGGUGUGUGUUGUUUUAUUAUUUACCUGUUUGUUGUUCGGAGAUAAAGUAUUGUUGCGCGAUGUUGAGGCAGGUAACGAUCCUGUUGGCUGUUUUGGCGGCCGCCUCCGCGAUCGAACAGUUCCGCGAGAUAUUCAGAUGGAACACCAUGGACAUUGUAUGGCCUUCUGAAGAAAUACGUACCAAAGUAAUGGACCGCAAUGAAUACAUACCUGAAAAUAACGCAAUUGCGGGAAUUAAGUUCUGGAGAAAAAAAAUGUUCUUGACAAUACCCAGGUGGAAACACGGCGUGCCUAUAACUCUAGGUGUGGUUCCAGCAGAGCCGCAGAACAGAGAUUGGUCACCGAAAGUCGAGGCCUAUCCGUCAUGGGACAUGCAGGCUGUAGGUGACUGCAGUGCACUUCAGUUUGUCCAGAGCAUGGAGAUUGACACUCAGGGCAGGAUGUGGAUUCUGGAUACUGGGAGAACAGCCACGAUGACCACUGAGGCCAAGUCCAGGUGUCCGCCACGUUUAGUUAUCGUGGAUAUUGAGAAGAAUGGGGAAGUACUCCGAAGUUAUAAAUUCCCGGAGUCAGUAACUUCGUACGAUAAAGUUUUUCUUGAUGACAUCGUGCUGGACCACACUGACGGCGGGUUUGCUUACAUAUCAGACACCAGUGAGACAGAUCCUGGUUUGAUUGUCUUCUCUCUGAGUGAAAACACUUCAUGGAAGAUUCGUCACGAUUCAAUGAAACCUAAAUCAGAAGCUAUUGGUUUUUCAGUAGCACGUACAUGGAUAACGUCACCGAUUCCUAUCGAUGGGAUAGCAUUGUCACCAGUUGACGCUCCUCAACGUUACGUUUACUACUCACCAUUGUCGGCAUUUAAUUUAUACGCAAUACCAACUUCCGUUUUGAAAAACAACACACAAAAUGUUGAUUCAUUCGUACGUGAUAUUGGACGAAAAAGUUCACAAACCGAUGGUAUGAUGAUGUCAGCAACUGGUGUACUUUAUUUCGGUCUGCUUGCUGAUGACGCGGUCGCCAUGUGGGACACCAAAAACCAGCCCUCAUUCGUCACCGGGCAGCGCAUAAUUUCCCGGGAUCACGUCCAGAUGCAGUGGCCAGACACCUUCGGCUUCGACGAGGACGGCAACUUGUGGUGUGUCACCAACAGUUUGCAGAACUUUAUCAACAACAAAGUUGAUCCAACGGUCGCCAAUUACCGCGUCAUCAGGAUCUCGACUGGUAGCAAGAGCUAUCAGUAUCACGAAGAUGGCACUGCACCCCCAUCUCUGACAAUAACUGCCGGUGCCGCUGAUCACGUUGCCAUGGCAAUGGCUACUCUUCUCAUAGCCGUUCUUACUUUAGCUCUUAAAUAAUAAUUUAAAAAUUUUUGCCUGUACAACGACACAAGCAUCGUCAUCAACGAGCAGCUGCAGUUUCGUGUGAUCUCCAUAAACGUCACUGAUACUCCGGUUGAGCUUCAAUGCAUUCUAUGAUCCGUGCUGCCGUCCAGCCAAUUAUUUUUAUAGCUCAAAAAAUCUAAUAAUAAUAAUAAUAAUAAUAAUAAUAAUAAAAUUAAUAUACUCAUUUUAAUAUUUAUAUUAAAUAUAACUUAUAAAAUAAAUAUUAUAUAUAUAUUUAAAUAGGUCUUGUUUAUAAAGUCAGCGUGGAAACCCGCGAUGGGUUUUAUUACUUUUAUUAUUAUUUUUAUUAUUAUAUUUUCACUGUUGAUCUUUAAUCGGCGGGUAAACUGUGUGAUUAUAAAUAGGUCCACGUUGCGCAGAUUAUUGAUAAAGUGCCAGAAUAAAAUUUAUCCAGCUGCCGGAAAAUAUUUGAAAACAAAAAUAUGAUUAUUAAAUAUCAAUUUAUUAUUCAAAAUUAUCAUGAUUUAUUAAUUAUAAUUAUUGUUACCAAAGUAGGGGCACACGGGUCACGGAUAAAUUUACUCGAAUAUGACUAAUAUACAGAGUAUCGAUAUGUAUAUUACAUAAUUCCGAUAUUAAUUUGAAUAAAUUCAAAAUAAUUGUAAUUAAUAAUAUUUUAUUAUGAGAUAGAAAGUAAAUUUUAGAUGAUAUAAAAAAAAUAUAGAUACUAAUAAUAAUAAAAAAAUAAAAACUAACUGGUAAAUGUCCGGUGAAUUAUAAUACCGCAGAUUCUCUCACAAUUGUUCAUGCUCGCGCGCAACCCAAGCAACCGGGACGGACAAAAACACGCACAAUGGGCUUGUCCUAGUUUUAUUAAACGUACAAAACAUACUACUGACAUUUUAUUCGGUGGAAUACUGUAUAAUUGUCAUUUGUGGUCUAGCUCCAUUGUGCUCUCCAACUUAGCGGCGCACCCGGAGUCUAAAUUUUAAAUUAAAUGUUUAAAUUAAAUCUUAAAGUUAAAUAUUGUAUGCAACCAAAAAUCCACGACUUUUAUUUACAAUAAAUAAAAUAUAUAUUUAUAUAAAUAUUAAUAUA